GAGUAGCCUUCAAUGUCAAACGGCGAGAAGGCAAAUUCAACUUGGCCACAAUGGUUUUGUCAAACGUUUGAGAUGCGUUUGUUGAGGUGAAGUCGGCCGGAUCAUUGAUGGGGAGUGCAUAUCAUUAUUCGCGUUCUCAUUACCGCUGGUCAUCUGCUGACUCCCUUACUGUGCUGACCCCCAAUGUGGAAGUUCUCAAUUACGGAAACCUUAUUAUCGUGGGUAGAGGGGGAUUGCUUGGUCACUUAUCGUGGAAAAAGCUCUUGGAAGACGUUUCCUUCCUAACCGUAAGCUGGGUACUGACCAUGUCGACCACUGACAUCUUGCCAGGGAACGUUUCCUCAGAGGCAUGUUUUCGUACACCUUCAGGGUCGCGAGGUCUCUUGCACAGAGCGCGUUCUGUUGCAGUCGAAGCUCUGCCAAAACCUAUUCAUGUUCCCAACUACAUCUGGUGUACUCUCUUCACCGCCAUUGGAGGGUUCAUUUUUGGGUUUGACACCGGAAGUAUCGGUCCCAUAACUAUCAUGCCCAAGUUCCGAGCUCAAUUCGCGAAUACCGAGACCGGAGUCAUCUCUCCUACGACUCAAGGACUCAUCGUUUCAUGUAUCCUGUUAACAGCGUCUCUGGCGUCGUUGGUCUCUGGACCAUUGUCCGACCGAAUCUCCCGGACGCGAACGAUCGCAAUCGGUGGUAUUGUAUUUGCAGUUGGGAGCUCUAUCGCAUGCUCUGCAAAUACACUGGCACAGGUGUUCGUUGGUCGAAGCGUGGCUGGUGUUGGUGAAGGACUAUUCCUUUCCGUAGUGACCGUGUACGCCAUCGAGAUCGCACCGGCAUCCAGCAGGGGUAGACUCGGAAGCGUAGUGCAGCUUCUCAUCACUAUUGGGAUUGCUUCUGGUUACUUCGUGUGCUACGGAACUUCACGCAUCGCGUCUUCGUUCUCAUGGCGAUUCCCCCUUGGAAUGCAAGCAGCCGUGUCCGUAGUUCUCGCCGCGGGCUGCCCUUUCUUGCCUCAUUCUCCUCGAUGGCUACGCCAUGUCGGUCGUAGCGCUGAAGCCGACAUUGCUUGGGUCCGUUUAGGUGUCAGCGCCGCCGACGCUGAGAAAACUGAAGAAAAUGCAGAGCGUGAGCGUGAACGUGAACGAUCUCCACGAGGUAAUUGGUGGCAAGAGGCCAGACAGUUGUGGAAGAAGGACGUCCGGAAACGCACUGGUUUGGGUGUCUUCCUUAUGGGAAUGCAGAAUGCUUCUGGUAUCGAUGGUGUACUCUACUAUGCCCCCGUUUUGUUCUCUCAAGCAGGCCUUCCCGGCACCACAGCCUCGUUCAUUGCUUCAGGUGUUUCCGGACUCGUAAACAUCGCUUGUACAAUCGUCGCCCAAUUCUUUGCGGAUUCUUGGGGCCGUCGUGCAUCCAUGAUCAGUGGUGGAACCGUCAUUGCAGGCUCUAUGUUGGUUAUCGGUACUCUCUACGCAAGCAACGCCUCGGAUACUUCAGCAGGCCGCUGGGCCAUCAUUGCACUCAUCUACAUAUUCGUCAUUGGCUUCAGCUGCACUUGGGCCAUCGUGACUCGAAUCAUUUGUAGCGAGAUCCAACCUAUGAGGACUAGAGCAGCGGCUACUAGCUUAGGACAAUGUGCUAACUGGGCUAUAAACUGGGUGAUCGCAUUCUCAACACCUUUGUUCCUGGCGCAUUCGUCUUCUGGUCCUUACUUCCUCUUUGGCGCAUGUUCCCUCAUAACCACCGUCGCAUGUCUCGUAUACCUACCCGAGACUCGUGGUGCGUCCUUGGAAGAGGUUGAUAAAGCAUUCGAAGUGAGCCAUUGGCGUUCUUUGCUUCCCAAACGUCGCACGUCAGAUGCCGCACAUAUACCUUCCUCCAUGCGUGCGGAAAGUAUACAACAGGAGCAAGAAAGAAGAGAGUCAAACGUCCCUGAUAUCCCAGUUAAUGAAACAUAUGAAUUGCACGACUUGCAUGAUAUUAAUGGAGACAAUGAAAGAGAUGCAGAGCAUAUUACCGAGUCUGAAAGGGAAAGGGAGUUGUGGGACACAAUUCAGUUGCCUGAGCCUGUGAAUAGUGUUUGCAGGAGAAGGGUCCAGAUGAAUUAAAGGCACAAAGACACUUCAUUAUCGUCUAACGCAAUAACAGUAGAAGUAGCUAUGCUGUAAAUAUUUUGGUCCAACAUCCUAAUAAGUACAGCGAUUAGA